AUGAGUGAUUUUUUUGUACAUAAUAGAAGUGAGAUUUCUUAGUAAAAUUAAAGUGGAUUGGGAAGUUUAUAAGAUGUGUACUUUCAUUUUAUUAAUCAUUAAGUUUAGGCGCUAGCUUUGGAAGAUUGCAAUAAGACAAUUAAAGCUUUGGACCUAAUGGAGGUGGAAGUUUUGUUCAUAAUUCUGGGUUUCUAGUACAAUCUGAAUAAUAUCGUUCUUCAGUGGGCUUAGAAGAAGGAGCUGUUCCAAUUUAAAUUUAUGAAUACUAAGAACCUUAAAUUUAGAAGGCAGGCUUUUUUAGAAGUAGUGGAGAUUUUGAAAUGCAAUUUGAAGAAAUUGGAAUAGACAGAUUGAAUAUUUAAGCUAAAAUACUAGAGGAUUCAAAGGAACACAAAAGUCCAUUAUAAGAUAGUGGAAUGAGAAAUAGCGAACCUUCUUCAUAGGAAUUCAAUAUAAAAAUAGGUAAUUUAAAAAGAAAGCUUAUAUUUUUAGAAUCUGGAGAAUAAAUAAACUCCAAAUUCAAGCCAGAAAUAAAGUAGCUUGUAAAUCAAAAUAUUAUAUAAGAAAACAAAAAUCUCUUUAAUGUGAAUUAAGCCAAAAGUAUUUAUACUAACAAAAUCACACAGUUGGUUGAACAAACAUAGAAAAAAAUUGAUUUAGCAACAAAAUCUUCUCCAAGAUUAUCGUAAAAUUUAUUUAUUUUAUUCAAUUAGAAAGAGUCAACAAAAAUUGUAGAGAAAAUCACCAAUCAUUCCAAGGGAUCAAUAUGAUAUGUCAUCAAAUGAAAUGUAAUCUAGUCAAAUGAGUCCAGAUGGAAAUAUGGAUCCUGUCUAAUAAAAAUUAGCUAAAAAUAGAGAAUCAGCUAGAAAUUCAAGAGCCAGAAAGAAAAUAUAUUAUGAACUCUUAGAAACAAAAGUUAAAGAAUUACAAGAUGAAGUUGAAAGAUUAAAGGAAUCUAAUCGUAAUCAAUCUAAAUACACAGAAGUUUGCAAUAAAACUUAAGAAAAAGUAUAUUUUUAUUAAAAAAUGUAGUUUUAAACCUUUUUAGAUUAACAAUAAUAAUUAUUUGAUAAAUUAGAAACUUGUUUAUUAAAAAAUAAAGACAAUUUUGAAAUUGCAAUGGUUUUAGAUGCUUUAAGAUAUAGAACUAAUUCAAAUAGUUAAGAACGUAAUGAUGCUGCUAGACAAUAUUUUGAUUCUAUGGUUGAAGUAUGUUUACCAAUUUAAACUAAAUAUUUGAUUUACUCUUUAGAAAAGGAUAAGGAUUUCUUUGCUUAAUAGCCAGAGUACUUUAUUAUUAAAAUAAAUAGUGAUUAUACUGAUUGGAUGAAAGAGACCUUUAAAAAAACAUAGAUUUAACCAGAAUAAAUUGUAAAGGUUAAAAGAAUGAAAUCAAAAUUAUAGAGUGUUAGAAAUAGUAUAUCUGAGUAAUAUUAAUCUUAAAAUAUAGUUCAAUUUAAAAAAUAAAGGAUCAAUUAAAAUUAAUAUAAAGUGAAGCUAAUAAAGUUGAUUAAAUGUGGGAGUAAUUGAAAGAAUGUUUAACUCCUGUUUAAUUAGGUUCAUGCAUUUUAGCAAUGAGAUAGGUAAAUAUUUACUUUUAUUAUAGAACUCUUUUCGUUAAGAAUUAUAAACCUCUUCUCUAUUUCUUUAAUUAAAGAAUUCUUAAAUGGUAUUCAUUAAAAAUUAUGCAAUUAGAGUGAAGAGGAUGAGAAUUGUCAAAAAUCAGAUCAAUCUCAUAUUCCUAAUAAUAGAAAGCUUGUUAAAAAAUCUGUGUCAUGA